AUGCAGAAGGAAAGCAUCACUGGAACUGACUGGAACGGAUUGGCACGAGCUCUUAUCAAAUUCUUGGAUCUUGGUUUGAACCUUGCCUUAGGGCUACAUCAUUUUGUACAUAUAAUACGAGAACUUUCAAAUCCCCUCUCCCUCCUCGUUUCCUUUUGCAACAAGGGCAACUCUUCAGUGCCAAUUUCCAUCCUACAGCUGUACCAGAUCGAGUUCCAAAUUUCUAGAAUGCAGUUAUCUGGCAUAUUGUCGGAAUCAGAGUCUCGGUUACGCAUUCAACGUCAAAAUGCGAAACGUGAACGAACACGAUUCUAUCGACGCAAGAAAAGCAUCUUCAAGAGUGGGUAUGACCUGCACAAGCAGUGUCAUGCUGAAGUCUACAUUCUGGUCCGGAGGAGUGGACGGUCAUAUAUUCUGAGCUGUGCGGAAAACGACAAAUCACCCUUUUCGGACCAAGCUCUGAAUCAAUGUUAUCCAGUACCCCAGUGGUCCUACCCGGAAGACUUUCGAACGCCACGAAUGGAGAGAGCUCAAGAAGAUGCAUCUUGUAACAAGGAGGAGUGA